CGCAUCGUAAACAUCUCGGUGGAAGAAGUAUUAUCCCGUAUUGCUAGCAGUUCCAAAAAACCGUAGCGAAACAAGGAAAGCCGUUUUAAGAGCUGCACGAUGAUUGCGACGACAAACUCAACAGAGGGAGGAACACAGACGGAAACAUAUGAAGUAUUCCUAUGUUCCCCCUCCUUGAUAGUUGGGUCACAGCAAAAAUCGAUCUCUUCCUCAGCAGUUAACAUUUUCCUCUCCAUCACAGCAUUUUUUGGGAAUUUUCUAAUCCUUGCUGCCCUUAACAAGGAAACUUCCCUUCAUCCACCGUCGAAACUCUUGUAUCGUUGUCUGGCAACAACUGAUCUGUUGGUUGGUCUUGUUAGCCAGCCUCUCACUGCUACUUACUGGAUGUCCUUGGUUUACGAACACUGGAGUCUUUGUCGAUACGCAAGGGACGCAAGCUUCAUAGCAAGCUUUGCAUUAUGUGGAGUGUCUUUGUUGACGCUGACGGCAAUUAGCGUGGACAGACUUCUCGCUUUGUUGUUAGGAAUAAGAUAUAGACAAAUAGUAACUUUAAAGCGCACAUGUAUCGUUACAGCUACUUUUUGGAUUUUAUCCGUCGCCGCUGGAUCAUUUUACAUUUCAUAUACUCGAAUAACCAUUUGGUCUUGUAUUAUAGUCAUACCGUCAUGCUCAGUGAUCUCAAUCGCCUCGUACACAAAGAUUUUUCGCACUCUUAGACAUCAUCAGGCUCAAGUACAAGAUCACGUUCAAAAACAGCCGAGCCAACCAAAUGCACUGAACAUGGCAAAAUACAGGAAGGCAGUGAGCAGUGCACUGUGGGUGCAGUUAGCAUUAGUUGUUUGUUAUGUACCAAAAUUUACAAUGCUGGUUGUGAUCACUAAUAGAAAAACAUAUUCUUCACAUAUAGUCUUUAUUGAUGGAAUUUCAAGUAUUUUUAUGUAUUUUAACUCCACUUUGAACCCGUUUCUUUACUGUUGGAAAGUUAGAGAAGUGAGACAAGCAGUAAAGCAGACAAUCCGACAUGCAUUUUACUUUCUAUGGACUUAG